AUGUCCGCAAAAGACGCUCAGACAGAGCAACCACCCAAGGCGGACGCAGAGCAGCCUCGCGAGCCACAGUCGCAGCCAUCCUCGCCGCCCUCCCAGCGCUCCUCCUCCCCACAGCUCAAACCGACAGAGUCCACAUCCAGAGAGGUGACUGCAAAGUCGCCUCCGCACCACUCCGAGGAUGCAUCAUCCAGCCGUAAGCGCGAACGCGAGGGCAGCGUCGAACCCUCCCAAAUGACGCCCUCGCGCGUCACCGAAUCCAUCCCCGCCAAAAAGAACCGCCUCGAGGACUCGCUGCAGGAGGAGGACGAUGACCCAACCGCCGAACAACCAGAGACCGAAAAGGUGGGCCACAUCCGCGAAAAGGUGCACCAGCUCAGCACACACGAAAUCAAGGCUGCCAAGCCCGAAACCGACAACAAACCCGAGGACGACAACGUUGCGGCAGCUCCUUCGCCCUCGGCAUCCAAAGACAACACAACGGCCGCGCCAGCCAAGGACACCGACGCACCCACACGAACACAACCCACCUUUUCCGCUUUCAGCUCCAAGUCCUCCCCCUUCAGCGCAGUACCUUCCUCCUCGGGAUCGUCCGGCGCCAAGUCCGGAUUCUCGGCCUUUGCAGCCAGGAGCUCGUCCCCUUUGGUCGGGUCCGGCAUCAAGCCCAGCAGCCUGGGUUCCAGCAUCGGCGGUCACCAUUCCGAAUCUACCUCCGCCUCCUCCUCCGCUGCACCCUCAUCCUCAACCUCGGCGCCUGCAAAGCCCAUUGUCAAAGGCUCAACGUUUGGAUUUGGUGCAUUUGCUGGCGCUAGCCCAUUGGCCAAGCCCAAAUCUCCCGCUCCCACAGCGUCUCCAAAGGAGGCAGACAAGGCCGAACCGUCGGACGAUAAAGCGACGUUCGAACAAAAGCUCCUGAGCGAAGAUAAAAAUGCGGUGGCUGAGACGAAAGCAAAGCCACUGCUCGAGGUCAGCGAAGAAACCAAAACGGGCGAAGAAGACGAGGAGACCAUCCACAGCAUCCGUGCAAAGCUCUACACCAUGGCAGACGACCAGUCGUGGAAAGAACGCGGUACGGGCACUCUGCGCGUCAACGUCCCCAAGCACUCGGCCCGCGACAAGGCAAGGCUCGUAAUGCGCGCAGACGGCGUGCUCAGAGUCAUCCUCAACGUCUCCCUCUUCAAGCGCAUGAAGUGCGAGCUCCACGAAAAGUUUGUCCGCAUCGUCGCCUUCGAAGAUGCAAAGCCCGUACACUACGCCAUCAAGAUGAGCAACCCAAACAACGCCGCGGCUCUCAUGGACGUGCUCGACGAAUUCGUACUCGCACCCGACGCCGCCCAACAGGCGUGA